UCGUCUGUUUCGUUUGUGCCCGGUCUCACUUUCCCCGCCUCUGCCUACUCCAUUCCUGGCGCUAUGCUGCCUUCUUCCGAAUGGAACCCAGGCAUGCUCUUCGGCUGGAGAUGGCGGGAUCGGUUUUACAACGACUCCCCGAUGGAAAUGGCAUCACAGAUCGGCCUGCUCAACGGGGAGCCUAUCCUGUACGCCAAUUCUCCGGAAGUUGCCAAGCAACUAUUGGGAAAUAAGGCCCCUUUUGAUAAACUCAAGGAAAGCGUGCAGAGUCUCAGUCCCUUCGGUCCAAAUGUGUUCGCGACCAUGAGCGCUGAAUGGCCUCGUCACCAAACAGCCAUGUCUCCUGGUUUCAAUGGACGCCUAUACUCUUCUGUAUGGACGGAAACGAAGAAAACUUACUAUGACUUCCUUACUACUGAGAAGUGGGAGAACGAGCGGGAAUUCAUAAUGCCUGAUGUGACAGCGGUUACUUCAAAGUUCGCCCUGUAUCUCAUCGCAAAAUGCGGAUUCGGUAUUGAUCUAUCUUGGAAUGAAGACGUUGGCGAGCGGAUCAGAGGCAUGUCGCUCCCAGAGUGCUUUGAGAUCACCAGUAGUUCGGUGCUUAUCUUGUCCUUCCUGUCCCAUUGGACAUACAGUUUACCAAUCCCCGCCCUACGCCGCCUCUACAAUGCUAGCAAUAUCCUAGAGACGAUAUUUAAAGGGAUUAUCGACAAGCGUCGAGUAGAAGGAUUCGGUAAUACUAGCGAGGAUAAAGACAUCUUCAGUCUUCUCUUGGCCGCAAACGAAUUGGAAAAGGGCAGCAAAGGCGCACUUUCCGAUCGCGAGCUCGUUAGCAACGUGUUCCUCUUGCUGUUGGCUGGUCAUGGUUCGUCUACUCUCCUCAACGUGUUCCUCUUGCUGUUGGCUGGUCAUGAAACCACGAGCAAAUCGCUGGCAGCCACAUUGGGUGAGCUCGCUUGUAACCCGGAGGUGCAGCAACACGCAUAUGAUGAGAUCAUGUCCGUCAUCAAAGAAGGCAGCGAUCCUACCUUGGAUGAUUUCGAGAAGUUACCGUUCGUGCAAGGCUGUUUCCAGGAAGCUCUGCGGAUGUAUCCUACCGCGCACGUACUCAUGCGUCGACCAGUCGAAGAUACAGUUCUCCAGGUCCCGAGCCGACAGGGUGGGGUUGUGCCACUCAGUGUGCCCUCGGGACAGGUCGUUGCACUGGACUUUUUUGGUAUUGGCUACAACGCUCGGGUGUACAAGGAUCCGAAGUCGUUCAAUCCUGCCCGUUGGCUCGAUCCUGCUACGGAACCGUUGCUGAACUUCUCAUACGGACCCCGAGUAUGCAUUGGGAAGAAGUUCGCCGUAGUGGAGGUCACAGGUGUCCUGGCAUUGCUUCUCCGCGACUACAAAGUUGAGCCGAUUUUGAAAGACGGGCAGACGAUUGCAGACUGGCAUGCAGCUUGGGUGGAGAACGUCGAGGCGGUUAUUGGGUUUGGACACAAGCGUUUCCCGCUGAAGUUCACGCGUCGUUCAGUUCGGGCAUAG